AUGAGGCAUAGCUCCUUGAAACCAUCUGGGAUGGGUCUCAAAGCCUAAAGCACUUUCAGGUUGGGCUAAAUGAACAGGUUGGCUACAACACAGCCGGAGAAGGUGGGCCUUUGGUGGGAUGGAAGUGAUGUCCAAGGUGAAUCUUGUAGGCCUGCUGAUGUGUGUGUCCUAUUAUUUUUUUUCUCACCACAGGAAGCAAAUGUCAGCAAAAAACAAUGUCCCUCUUAUGCAAAGAGAAACAUAUUCUAGAGUGAAGAAGAACAUAGCACCCUUUGCUAUGAGAAACCUGUAAUAGUGAUGUAAACAUGGGGGCUGCAGAGUAGGACUGCCUGCUAGUGAUCCCCAGCUCCCCACAUACAAGCACUGUGACAUCAGACAAAUUAAUUAACCUCUCUGUGCCCUAGUGCUUUUGUUUAUAAAAUGACAAGUGAUUGGUCCAUUUUCUUAACUAUAAAAUAGGGAUAAGGGAUUAUGAGUGUUAAAUGAUAUAAGCCACUUAAAGUGCUGACCAGAAUGCCUGACAUCCCACUCAUAAACAUUUGCUGUAACAUCUUCCAGAAAUAAUGAGCAAGUGUUGGGGGCAGAUAUUAACCAAAAUUAAAGGUAGAGAUUGGUGAUUACUGAAAAUAACAACAUGGAGUUAUUUUAAAGGCAGGGGUCCUCCAGGCGACAUGAACCGAGUCACUGAAAAGCAGAAAAGGCUGCAGAAGCUUGACCAUUAUCUUCCAAAGAGGAAUAAUCAAUUUUUGAAAAUCUGGCUUAAAAAAUACCCUUGGCUUAUAUAUGAUGAGAUACUAAAUCUUAUGUUCUGUGGCCUGUGUCGUAAGCAUGGAGUAAAGUCAGGGGGAAAUCAAGUGAGUUUUUUUUAUGGCACUGACAACUUUAGGACUGAAUUUCUCAAUGCACAUCAUCUCAGUGAGGCCCAUGCCAAGGCUUCACUAAUGGAAGCAACAAGUGGUUCUCCAGUGAACCGAGCCACCACAGAGUUCAUGGUGACGACCAUGAGCAAAGUCACCCUCAGGAGAAUAGAGAACUUAUUCAGAUCAUGCCAUGCUAUCGCCAAGACGGGACGCCCCCUCAAAGACUUUAUCUGGAUGUGCAAGUUGGAUGAUAUGAAGGGUGUCGAUAUCGGCCCAGUAUUCAGAACUAACAAAUCAGCAAGAACGUUCACGUAUUUUAUCGCUGAAGUGGAACGGAGAAAUCUAAGAGAGAAACUAGAACAAAGUAAAUUUUUCUCUGUCCUCAGUGACGGAAUCACAGACAGCUCAACGGAGGAAGCUGAACUUGUCUACGUGCAGUUUGCAUGUGCAGGAAAAGUGCAUUGCCAAAUUGUUGGGGUACAGACAGUAGAAAAGAAGGAUCCUUUGGAAAUAAGAAAUGCCAUCGAGAAAACUCUAGAGCGAAAUCUUCAACUUAAGCUAUCGAACCAAGACUGGGCGAAGAAACUGGUUGGUUUUGGAAGUGAUGGUGCCCCUGGCUCAGAGGGAGAAAACAACGGGGUGGCCAUGCUCUUCAGAGAAAUCCAGCCACGAGCACUGACUGUGUACUGCUUUGCACAUCAUCUUGAACUGUCUUACAGGGCGGUCUUCCAGAGCGUUCCCCUGUACAAUGAUGUCAGAGGCCUUCUUCACAGCAUCUACUACUUCUACCACAGUUCUCCUGUCCACAAGAGUUCUCUGAUAACUGCUUUCAAAGGCCUUCACCUUCGCCCUGUGCUGCCUUCUCGAGUAGGGGGCAGGAGGUGGCUUCAGGGAUUACAGGCAGCCCUCCAGAACUUUCUCAGGGGAUAUCCUGCGAUAGUCCAGCAACUACAUUCAGCGGUUGAGGGCAGAAAUGACACUAGUCACCAGAAAGCCAACGAACUCCUGGAGUUCCUUCUCCAAGCAGACAUUGUUAAAUUUGUCCAUUUCUUAGUGGAUGUCAUUAAUGUCCUUAGCAUUCUUUCCCGUGUCAAUCAGAACAGAAACUCUUCCAUUGCUGAUGUAUUUGCCUCAUUAGAGUCAACACUGGAAAUGCUCAGAAUGUAUAAAACAAGACCAGGACCAAAGGAACGUCAGGUAGAUUCAGCCACACACUUUCAUGGUAACCGCCUGGGAGGAAAGGGAAACAUUUCUGAUGUGAGAAGCACGGUCUUAACACAUCUUGUCAAGAGGCUGCAAGGUUGUUUCAGAGAUGCCAGCCAAGAUGUGGUGAAGGCUACUGUGAUUGGAAGCUUUAAACUGUGGCCCACAAAGAUAAAUCAAGAAUUUGGAGAAAAAGAGGUAUCCAUCUUGACUGCCCACUAUGAACCACUACUGGAAGCUGCCAAUGUGGAAAUCGAUGAAGUGGACACUGAAUGGAGCAUGUUGAAAUUAGAGAUUUAUGCUAGAUUUCAGAACAUCUGCAAAUUGACCUGGGAUUUUGUGAAUUCUGUUUACUUGCACAAAUAUCCAAAUAUCCUGACAUUAGUGGACCUAGUACUGACGCUCCCUGCAAGUUCUGCAGAAGCAGAACGUGGCUUUAGUCAGAUGAAACGUGCCAAAUCACAAAUGCGUGCCACGAUCAAGGCUGAAAGUAUGACGGAUCUCUUGAUAAUUCAGUUGAACUCUCCAGACAUUAAUAACUUUGACCCUAGGAAAGCUAUCCACUUAUGGAAUACAAGAACACCAUCUUCAACUGGUGACACAAGACCUAAUUCCUCUUGUUCAUCAAACUCGGAAAGCCAUUAUGAAAGUGAUUAGUAAUAUGACAAAUGUGGACUUCGUCAUUCAUCAGAGCAAAAACAAAUUCUUUUUAAUCUGAAAUUUAAAAGUAACACAGUAACCAGUCUUCACAUCAAAUGUAAAAGGCAUUUGGCAUCUUACCAGACAAACAAAGCCAAAAUCCAAAGAUUGGUUUUCCUGUACCUUUCUAAGAUCACUUCUACAUCCACACAUUUGUUCACGUUCUAUGGAUGGAGGAGAUCCUUCUAAGCAAUGGUGUCAUUUUGAUGUCAUAUUUUGCAGAGUUGUUACAAAGGGUGUCUAGGCAAUGAUUAUGAUCUGAAUUCCUUUAGGCCUGGCAUACAAUUAACAUCUUUCCUGCAUAAUUCUAAAUGACAGUUGCUUUAGAUAACUAACUUGGAGCCAAAUUGAAAAAGGGUAUUUCUUAAAUCAAUGAACACAAUUUCUUUUUUUUUUAAUUUAUUUUGAAAGAGAGAGAGAGA